UCGGUUAGUUAUCAUUAGUGUUCAUGUGGUAGAGUUUUGAUUAAGUUUUUCUUGUAUUAUUUAUAUUGAUAUCAUCAUCAUCAUCAUGAUUAUUAGGUUGGCAGUUGUUUUAUUAAUGUCUUUGUUAGCAAACACAUUGGCUAGGCCACAAUACGACAGACGUCGCGACGAUGACGCCGAAGAACGGCGCCUAGGCAACAAACGCCGACCUUGUCGAAUCGGUGGCAAAUUUAAGGACGCCGAGGGUAGAACAUUUUUUGACUGGCAUUACUCCUACGUUAACGUCAAUAACAACCACAACUACAACAUUGACUGCGCUGGAGGAGGAGGAGGUGGAUUUGGGGGAGGAGGAAAACCACUGCGACCACAUGGAGGAGGAGGAGGUUAUCCUCAACCAGGUUACUAUCCACCACCAGUUCCACCACCAAUUCCACCCCCAGUUCCACCGCCAGUUCCUCCACCAGUCCCACCUCCAGCUUAUCCUCCAUAUUACCCACCUCCAAAUCGUCCUUUCAGACCAGGACUCUUUGGAAAUCGUCCCUUCCAAGGACUAUUUGGUGGAAUUUUUCAACAGCAAGCUGCGUCAGCAGAGUCAGAUGGAACAAGACCGAUGUUGGGCGACAGCAUAUCGAAUGCCAUAAACAAUGUAGGACAGUUGGGUCAAAAUGUUUUUCAGUUCGGACAGGGAAUUGUGCAGAAUUUACCCCAAUUCGAACUGCCCAAUUUCCAAUUCCCGCAGGCUCCAUCACUGUCCGACGGCAAUUUUGGAGAAGGUGUCAACAACUUCUUCCAAAAUCUGCCUUUGAUUGGCAGUUUCUUUAAUCGACCCCCAGAUGGAGAACGUCCCACUCUACAAGAAGCUAUAAACGUGGAAGAAAACCUGUUUCAAAAUUUGUCCCAGUCUGAAUUGCCCACAUUUCAGCUGCCACCAGGUCCCCAACUUCCACAGUUGUCCCAAUUUUCUGGGAGCAUCACUAAUUUCUUCCAAAAUCUUCCGUCUUUUGGCAGUCUUUUCAAUCAACCAGGUUCUGGUCCAAGUUCAAGUGUCACGUCUCCCCCUCCUCCAGCCAUCACCACCGACCCUGAUGACAUAAUUUACAACGACGACAAACCUGUCACGGAAGAUUACGACCCAGUAAUGCCGGAUGCUUACAGCAACUUGAAACCCGGUGUCCAAAUUUACAACAGGGUGGGCCAGACUGAUUAUCAAAACAAGUACCAGGCCCAGAAAGACUACAAUGAAAGGUUCUCCAAGAACGACAAGUUUCUGAACCCACAGUCUAGAUCUCUUGUGUUCCCCCGUUAA